UCUCCUCUCAACCCUUGUUCGGUCUCCAACCUGCUUCCCACUUUUUCCUCUUUAAUUACUCCCGGAACACCACACUCAUGGCGCCUAGAGAGAGAGCCGCCGUUGCAGCCGACGGCGGUGGAGGCAAGGAGGCCGUUUCAGGCAGGGAGAUGCGUUACAGAGGCGUCAGGAAGAGGCCCUGGGGCCGCUACGCCGCCGAGAUCCGGGAUCCCGGCAAGAAGAGCCGCGUCUGGCUUGGAACCUUCGACACAGCGGAAGAGGCUGCGCGUGCCUACGACGCAGCGGCACGCGAUUUCCGCGGCCCCAAGGCCAAGACCAACUUCCCCUCCCCGGACGCAACCGACCCCAAACCGGCGGCCGCUGCCGCCGCUGCCGUCGUCAGAUCGACGCGCAGCCCCAGUCAGAGCAGCACCGUCGAGUCAUCGAGCCGCGGAAGCUUCCCCCACGCACCGGCUGGAGGGCCGGCGCCGGCCGCCCUCGAGCUCAGCCUGGCGCAUCUUGCCGCCGGCCAUUUUCACGGCCCCCGGUGCCCACCUUUCGCCCUGUUCCCGGCCACGCAAACACUUCACCCCCGCCAUCCCUUUCUCUUCUUCGACGCGUUUUCUGGGGAAAAAUCGAGCGCCCUUUCCCGUGAAAUGUUCGUCCUAGACCGUACUGUUGCCGGCGGGGUGCAGAGCGACUCCGAUUCGUCCUCUGUCGUGGAUUAUACGCCGAGAGGGCCCCUCGAUUUGGAUCUGAACCAUCCACCCCCACCGGAAGUCGCUUGAUCUGGCGGAAUUUUCAGCACAACCGUUUUUCCCAAGUGAAUUUCAGUUUUCUUUUUUUUGCAGAGAGAUUAAGGAGAUUAAGGAAGCAGCGACGCUUUAUAAGUUAUAUAGCUACUCCGUGUAUAUACAUAACCCCGCCUAGAUCCAUCUCCUAUUUUUGCAACUGAGGAACCCAGUUUCUCAAUGUUGUUCCCCUGAUUAACACUAAUGUACGUUUUUGUGAUAUUUUCACAAUGUUUUGAGCUUCUGUUUGGUUCGCCAGAAAAUAGAAGGAAAAUGGAAAAAAAAAAAUAUAAAUUAUGAAUCUUUGAUCAUA